GGAAAAAGAAAAGAAGGAAGGAAGGAAGGAAAGAAAGACUGUCGCCAACUUGGUUUCUUUAGGUGUUAGGGGGAAAGACGGAAGCAAAAAGAGGAAGGAAGGAAGGAAGGAAGGAAGGAAGGAAGGAAGGAAGGAAGGUUGUCGCCAAUUUGUUUUCUCUAGUUGUUGGGAAGAAGGAAGGAAAAGAAAAGAGAAAAAAAGAAAAAGGAAGGAAGAAAGAAAGAAAGAAAGAAAGAAAGAAAGAAAGAAAGAAAGAAAGAAAGAAAGAAAGAAAAAGACUCACCAACUUGUUUUCUUUAGGUGUUAGGAGGAAGGAAGGAAGAGAAAAGAAAAAGAAAGAAAGAAAGAAUGUGUGACCAACUUAUUUUCUCUAGGAGUUGGAAGGAAGGAAGGAAGGAAAGAAAGAAAGAAAGAAAGAAAGAAAGAAAGAAAGAAAGAAAGAAAGGCCAACUUGUUUUCUCUAGCUGUUAGGAGGAAGGAAGGAAGGAAGGAAGGAAGGAAGGAAGGAAGGAAGGAAGGAAGGAAGGAAGGAAGGAAAAAGAUUCACUAACUUGUUUUCUCUAGGCGUUAGGAGGAAGGAAGGAAAAAAAGAAAAAAAAGAAGGAAAGAAAGAAAGACUGUUGCCAACUUGGUUUCUCUAGGAUGAUAGGAGGAAGGAAGGAGAGAUCGCGAGAGAAAGAAAGAAAGAAAGAAAGAAAGAAAGAAAGAAAGAGACUUUUAACCACCUUUCCUUUCCUUUUGUAACCUUCCCUCUCCAGCUGGGUUUGAACCCUGGGCUUUAAAAGACAAAAACCCCUUGAUCUGGGUGCGCAGACGGAAGGCUUUCUUUCCCCCAUGGGGGGGGGGGGCUUCCAAAGCUCGGGCUUUCGGUGAUUUUCCUCAUUAACGGAUGUAAAUUCGACCACCUGCCCCACCCCCACAACCUCCUGGUACCUCAAACUGGCAUUAAACCCCACCUAAACCCAGCCAAAGCCCCGGCGGGCAAAACCUCCGUCCCUUCUUUCUCCUUCGCCUAUCAAGUCACGGCAGAAAUACAUCUUUUUCUUUUUAAAGCAAAAAAAAGAGAGAGAGAGAGUGCGUGCUCAUUCCCAGAUCCUAUUUCUUCUCCUCCGGUCUGGAAGUUGCUUUCGCUCCCUAAUUCCUCGAUUUAAAACCAAAAUGAGCAAAGGGCUUUUGAAUAACCCCGGCUGACCCCCCCCACCCCACCCCUCGCCUCAAUCAGCAAACGGAUAGAUCUCGUUGCUGUCCAGUUGCAAAUCCUUCCAACAGCUGGAAGCUUUUAAGAAGAAAUUACACAACCCUUUGUCUGAAAGCCGGUGUAGGGUUUCCUGCCUAAGCAGGGGAGGGUUGGACUAGAAGACCUCCAAGGUCCCUUCCGAUUCUUGUUCAUUCUAUUCUAAAUACAAUGUUUGACCUCCACUUUUAACAACCCGCAACGGGAACCGGAACGACCCUUGCUUAAACGAGGUGGGUCGUUAAACAAACCGCACAGCCGUUAAAGCAAAUCCAGCCUGCCCCCUCCCCCGCCCCCCCAACCACCAUUGAGUUUCCUUGUUGGAAGAUCGUUGGGAAGGCUACCUAUGGCGAUCACUUGUGGCCACGGUCAUAUAUAUACAGGUCAGUUGCCAAGACCCCAGGAUUUGGGUCAUGCGUUGCAACGGUCCGGUAGUAAGUUAAGGGUUUCGGUUUUGGUUUUUCAAUCCUGUUGUGGCUUUGAACGCUGGCUAAGCAAAUGGUCACAGGUGGAGGAUUACCGAUAUGUGAGUCUGCAAAACCAGAUUUGGCAUGUCUACCCUCCCUUCCUUCCUUCCUUCCUUCCUUCCUUCCUUCCUUCCUUCCUUCCUUCCUUCCUUCCUUCCUCCUAUUCUAUUCUAUUCUAUUCUAUUCUAUUCUAUUCUAUUCUAUUCUAUUCUAUUCUAUUCUUUCUGUAUUCCUAUUCUGUGCUGUUCUGUUCUGCAUUUUGUUCUAUUAUCUAUUCUGUGAUAUAGAAUAGAAUAGAAUAGAAUAGAAUAGAAUAGAAUAGAAUUAAAUAGAAUAGAAUAGAAUAGAAUAGAAUAACAGAGUUGGAAGGGACCUUGGAGGUCUUCUAGUCCAACCCCCUGCUCAGGCAGGGGACCCUACAUCAUUCCAGACAAAUGGUUAUCCAGCCUCUUCUUAAAAACCUCCAGGGUUUGAGCACCCACAACUUCUGGUGGCAAGCUGUUCCACUGGUUAAUUGCCCUCACCGCUAGGAAGUUCCUCCUUAGUUCUAAGUUGCUUCUCUCCUUGGUUAGUUUCCACCCGUUGCUUCUUGUCCUACCUUCAGGUGCUUUGGAGAAUAGCUCGACUCCCUCUUCUCUGGGGCAGCCCCUCAAAUAUUGGAAGACUGCUUAUCAUGUCACCCCCUAGUCCUUCUUUUCAUUCAACUAGGCCUCGAGCAAAGAGUUGGACUAGAAGACCUCCCAAGGCCCCCUUCUAGCCCGAUGAUUCUCCCUCUCUCCCCUCCUUCCCUUCUACCAUCUGCCCUGUCACUUCCGUUUCGUUUUUUUUUUUAGGAGAAACCAAGUUAGGUAGUCAGUGGAACUCCAGAAGAACCAGGAACAGUGAAAAGCGGCUACGGAAUAAAAGGACAAUUUUUUCUAUUUUAGAACUUCCUUCUUCUCGCCCUGAGUUUCUUUCCCCAUCAUUUUCAGGUUGUUAUUAUUAUUAUUACUUCUUCUUUCUUUUUUUUAAACAAGUUUGCACAAAAAUUUGCAUGCGUUCCUGUGUGCAUUUCUCGAAACCGAUGCAUUUUUGUACUCCAUUUUUCCUAAGAUAAAAUAUCGUUGUUGCUACGAUAUUUGCGAGUCUGACGUCUCUUUCGAAAAUCCUGUUUGAAGUUUGACUAAAGGUUGAAGCAGCAAAUAUAACAAAGUGAUAGAACAGAGAUUCUUUGUUCUUAGUUCAUAAUCACCAAAGAUGUUUUUGUUUUUUUUCUCCCCGGAAAUACCUUUCUGGAUGUUUAUUGCUUGUCUAUUUUGCACUUCCGCGCGAUAUAUUUUUUUAAAUAAAAUCGAUGCUUUAAAAGAAAAUUAGAAACCGAUUAACUCUGCUCGGAGUUAAACCGGAGAUUAAACUCCUCCUUAAACCUGUUUGCUUGACUUCCUCCUUGCCUAAUUAAUGUAUUAUAAUUAAUCCCAUUUCCACCCCCCCCAAAAUAAGAUUUAAAAAGUCAGAGAUUAUAUUAAGAGAUCGUAUAAACUGAAUUUUAUUUUUUAGCUCUUGUUAACGUGUGGUCGGAGAAUACGAAAUAGGUUGAGAGAUGGAUUUUGUCGUUGUCGUUGUCGUUUGGUUGGUUGUUGGUUGGUUUCCUCUUUCUAAACUGCAAAUAAUUUAAAAUCUAUUUGUAAAACCACUUGACGCAACUCCAGAAAUAAAGAUUAUUUAACCUACUUGCCUUCGGGUGCUUUGUCCGCAGCUCCUAGCAAAUAUCAGAAGUUUAUUGUUGUAAUAUUCAUACUACUUGUCUUUCUUCUAAGUUAGAGAUGGGAGACCAUGGCCCUUUUAUUAGGUGCUGUAGUCAGAAUUACUUUAUAAGAGUACUCACAGGCUACGUAUCUGGGGUUUGCCUUCAGAAGAAACCCGGGUUUCUAAGAAAGCAUCUUAGUUUAAGAGAACAGCUGGUGGUGACGUUGGCCUGUAUGGACUGAUGGCUUCUGUAGAACUUCAUGUCUAAGCGACAUAUAUAAGGGGUACUUACCCUUUUUCUCCGAAAAUAAGACCCAACUGGAAAAUAAGCCCUAGCAUGAUUUUUCAAGAUGCUCAUAAUAUAAGACCUACCCCCAAAGAUAAGCCCCUAUUAAGAUUGUCAGCCAAAUGGUACAUUUAGUACCGUAUUUCCCCCUCAAAAUAAGACCUAACCAGAAAAUAAGCCCCAAUGCAUCUUUUGGAGCAAAAAUUAAUAUAAGAUCCAGUCUUAUUUUCAGAAUAACAGGGUAGACCUGAGUUGUUUUGAGGUUGAGUAUAUUCUCUGGUUACCUUCCAUCCAACUUGAGUUCAGGUCAGGAGACUAAAGGAAGAAGAAGAAGAAGAAGUUCCGGUUUGGGUUUUCCAAGCGUUAUCUAGGAGCACCACCAGAGACGAGAUCAUGGCCUGGAAGACAACUCCACUUUGGAGAAAGCUGACGGUUGAUCCAAGACUUCUUGACUUAUCUCCUCCCCUCGAUCCAGACCCACAAAGUGUGCAUUCCCAUCUACGUCUUGUUUCCUGCUGCCUCUUGUAACCUCCUAGUUCAAUCAGUGGGCGCUGCCGCAGAGACUCAAAAGUGGCCUGGUGACGUGUCUCAUCAUUCGCACAUCCGUAUCGCAGCUCAUCAGCGCCGGCUGCCUUCUGCGGCCUCAGGAGCUCUUCUCUCUCUCGGCUGAAGGUGCCACCAACGAGAGCCAUUUUCCGCUAGAAAAUCCCGCGCCGCGAUGGGCAAAGCUUUCGGCUUCAUCUUUUACGCUACGUUCCUUUUGCUUGGACAACCUAAAUGGACAGAUGCCACUGAAGGGGAUUUUAGCCACAAGGACGGCGUCUCUCUCGGGGCAGGGGGCAAAGAUGCACCAAUGAUCUACGUGACAACUAUUCUGGAAGACCCUUACGUGAUGGUCAAGGGUCCCGAGUUAGAAGGCUACUGCAUCGACCUGUUGGAGAAGCUGUCGGAAAUGCUUCAUUUCAAGUACAAAGUUAGCAUUGUGAAGGAUGGGAAGUACGGAAGUCUCGGUUCCAACGGGAGCUGGUCGGGCAUGAUCGGAGAAAUCGUGAGGAAGGAGGCUGACCUGGCCGUAGCUCCCUUGACCAUCACGUCGAUCCGAGAAGACGCGGUGGACUUCACCCAGCCGUUCCUGCACACCGGCAUUGGCAUCCUGCUUGAGAAGGAAGCAGCCCUGGAGGAGGUCUCCCUCUUCCACUUCCUGACUCCUUUCACCAAGGAGACCUGGGUGGGCAUUCUCCUGGCUUACCUGCUCUCCAGUCUGUGUCUCUUCUUGGCUGGAAGAAUGAGCCCUUCGGAAUGGAACGGCCAAGAGAACGACUUCACCUUCUUGAACAGUCUCUGGUUCGGUGCCGGAGCGCUCACCCUGCAAGGCACCAUCCCUCAGCCCAGGUCGCUUUCCGUGCGGGUCAUUUCAUCCAUCUGGUGGGUGUUUGGCAUCGUGGUGUUGGCGGCUUACAUCGCCGGCUUCAGCUUCGUUUUGGAGUCGGCCACCGACCACCUCUCCAUCCAGGGCUUCGAAGACCUGGUCAAACAAAGGCAGCUGGAAUUCGGGACCAUGGGAAGUUCCUCCACCCUCCAAUAUUUCAAGAAUUCUAAAAGCCCAGUCCAGCAGCUGGUUUACGAGUCCAUGAUGAAGAAAGAAUCCGUCCUGACUAAGAGUUACCAGGAAGCCAUUCAGCGAGUGCUGGAUUCCAAUUACGCCUUCAUCGGAGAAUCCAUUUCGCAAGAUCUCGCCGUGGCCCGGCAUUGCAACUUAAUCCGGUCCCCGGAGGUUCUGGGGCCCCGAGGUUUUGGCAUCGCGACCCCAAAAGGAUCUCCCUGGACCACCAAACUUUCUGUGGCCAUCCUGAAACUCGGCGAAUCCGGAGACCUGGACUACCUCCGCAGCAAAUGGUGGGAGAGCAGCUGUUCUCACGAAGACCACGACAAAUGGAGUCCUCUGAAGCCCCAAACUCUGGGGGGGAUUUUCCUCCUCCUGGCGCUGGGUCUCAUCUCCGGAAUGCUGGUGGCCGUAAUCGAGCUGUCCAAGCGAAGCCGUCGCACAGCCGAACGCGAGAAGAGAUCUUGCUGUUCCGUCUUCACCACGGAGCUGAGCCAGCGGUUCCAGGCACGAGAAAACAAGAGGCAGGAAAACGCAGAAAAAUCCAAGGCGUGAGAAGAAAAAGAACGGCCAAAUUUUCAACGAACUAUAUAUUUUUUUUUUCUCCUCCUCCCGUCUCUUUCCUUUCUUCCCCCACACCUCCCACUUUCCUCUGAUGCGUUCUGGUUUUUUUUUUUCCCUCCUCCCCACCCCGUAAUAUUUUUUUUAUAACACUUAGCAGAGUUUUUUGGGGCCACAUCUGGGCAAAAAAACCCUGCAAAACAACUAGCAUAGUUUCACGCUGCUAAGGCAAAAAAAAGAAAAAAAAAUCCUAGUGCCCUUUUUUUCUCGUUAAGACAACCGGAUUGUCAGCUAACCCCGGUUUCGGCAUCUUUUAACACUAUCUAACACUGACGUCGGUAGCGUUGUGGACCGACUGGUUUUGUCGGGUGUGGGGGGGUUGGAGGGGGCUGGCACGGCUCCCCGUCCCACGUAAAGAGAAGGCAGAGAGGGUCUCAGUACGUAAGGCUUGAGAGGAGGGAGCGCCCACCGAGAGUCAAAACCGAGCUUUGUGAUCCGCAAGGAUAGGUUUCUAGUCCUCAUGAGCCUCAGAAAACAAACAAACGGAGAGGCAGUGUGCCCGAGACGGGAACGGUGACUUUUCUAGAUGAAAUUUCUCAACAAGAGUCGGGGGGAAAAAAAUGUAAAAACUUGCUAAAUUUGUGAAGGGAAAUACUUUUUCUUUGCCCGAGUUUUUAGUAAAUUAACAUAAAUUUAUAUACACGUCUCUUAAAAGAGGCCCUUUGCUAACAGCAGGAGACCUAAAGGGAAUAGAUUAUCCAGAAUUUGGAGAUUCCUGGGUGGGUCUCGCGAGGCUUGUGGGGGGGGGGAGAUUGAAAGAUGACAUGACCCCCCCUCCCCUUAAAAGUGGCUGCCACCCCCCACACACAUAUAUUGGAAAAGGAAGUAGGUCUCAUUUUUUUCUAAGCUCAAGGAAUACAAUUCUCCCAGGGUGGAAACGAACGUCUCCCGGAUGGAAAAAGCCCUCCCUGCAAGGUAGGACAGCAAAAAGAUGACACUUUGCAAGCGGAGCACAGGAUCAGUGGGGGCGUCUAGGAGUUACACGACUAAAUAAAAAGAAUGUUGUGACAAAAUGGUCUUAUUUUUUUUAAUAC